AGGUGUGCGCACGCAGUUCAUCUUCAAGAACUUGAUGUAUAAGCACAAUCUAACCUAACCAAAAUUUUAACCUAUCUAAGGAAUAACGUUCUGUGUGUAAUUCUCAACGAAUAAUUUAAUAAUAAUAUAUUAGCAAUUAUUGAAUAUAACUGUGAAUGAUGAAAGAACAGCAACAAUUAUUGCAACACUUGGAACAAGUUGAAGCCAAAGCUGGGGAAAUUCUCACGGACAGACAAGAAAUAGUUGCACUCGAUAAACGAAGAAACGAUGAUAGAGUUGGUAUGAGAGAACUGCAAAAAACGAAUUGUAAUAAAACAUGGAUUGCAAUUGGUCCUAUGUUGUUAAAAAUGCCAAAUAAAACUGCUGAAGAAUUACUUUUAAAAGAUCAACAACAAUGCGACAUUGAAGUAAAUAAAUUACGAAGUGAUUUAAAAGUGAAAGUUAAUGAACUGAGAGAUUUAGAAUUAAAUCCACCUGUACCUGGAAUAAUGUUGAAACCUAUGUCCAAUAAAGAGAUGUCUGUAAUUAAUCAAGUUUUAGGAAAAAAUUCUUAAUACAAGUAAUAUUUUAAUUUAAGUAUUGACUGAUAUACACUGGUAUUUAAUAUGUACAUAAUUUGGAUAAUUACAAACUGGCUUUGUGGAAAAAUUAAACUAGUAAAAUAAUCAAUAAUAUAAGUAGAAAUAGUCGAUAUUUAUUAUAAAUAGUAGGUAACAAUAAAUUACAAAUGUAUUUUUAUAAAUGAGAGUAAGAUAACUCAAGAGUUCUACUUUAUUUUAUGAUAAUUGUAAACCUAUCUGAAGAGAUGUUACAACAAAGUAAAACUAAAAAGGCUAAAUAAAACAAAAGGAAACAGA